AUUUCAUUGUUAUGCUCAAAUCUUUCGCACCCUAAAACUGCCCUAAUUCCUAAUUUCUAUCCCGGAACACCGAUCAAGUUAAGAAGCCCUGAUUUAUCCCAAUCCAAUCACUUGGAAUCAAAACUUAAUCAUUGCAAAACUUCUUCUUCUGAUCCUGUUUUAUUGAAAAUUCGAAUGUCUUGCGAACCCCAAGUUCCUCGAUAGUAUAUGAAACUCGCAAAAGUUCCACCUUUCUGGGCUUCGAGAUGGACGCCAAGGACAUCCUGGGAUUGCCAAAGAAUCCAUUGCCCAUACCCCAAGAGAAGAAAUCUCGGACGCCCAAGGAUUCCCAGCGAAAGCCCGAUGGCAUCUCUCGCGAGGUUUAUGCACUUACAGGAGGUCUGGCGCCUCUUAUGCCAGCAAUUGAUACUUCCCAGUUGAAGAAGCGGCCACCGGCAGAUGAGAAGAUAACUUGGCAGUGGCUUCCAUUUACUAAUUCUGCUCGAAAAGACAAUCUGCAGCUUUAUCACUGGGUCAGAGUUGUGAAUGGUGUUCCUCCCACAGGUGACUAUUCCUUUGCCAAGUAUAACAAGUCUGUUGAUGCUGUCAAAUACACAGAUGAGGAGUACAAGAAGCAUUUGACCAGUGCUAUGUGGACCAAGGAAGAGACAGAUCUGUUGUUUUCCUUGUGCGAACAGUUCGAUCUCCGGUUCAUCGUGAUUGCUGACAGGUUCCCAUCCUCUCGAACAGUGGAGGAAUUGAAGGAUCGUUAUUACAAUGUUUCCCGAGUUAUACUGCUUGCUAGAGAUCCAUCUUCUGCAGAUGUUUUAGGGCAUCCUCUUGUUAAGGAAACUUACAAUAUGUCACAAGAAAUAGAACGCAAGCGUGAAUUAUCCAUGGUUCUAUCCCAGACAAAGCAGCAAGAGAAGAAAGACGCUGAGGUCCUUGCCGAAGCAAAAAGAAUAGCUGAGUCUCGGACGCUUGCACGGGUUGCUGAGCAGGCUGAGUUGCGUGCAACGGCAAUUGUUGGUUCAGAAAAUCCUGAUCGAGCUGUUAGUCAAGGUGAUGUGGCAUCACCUUUAUCAAAUGAUCAGAUACCUUUUGGAGCAAUUGUUCCAUCAAGUCUUGUGAUGGCAGAUAAUGCCUCUACUUUAUCUUCUUUGCGCAUGCUGCGGGUAUAUUUGAGAACAUAUGCACUUGAGCAAAUGGUGCAAGCUGAAAGCUCAACUGCUGGACUUCGAACUAUCAAACGUGUUGAGCAAACUUUACAAGAUCUUGGGGUCAAUUUAAAACCAAAGGUUCCUACGAAAGCUGUUUGCUCGGAGCAUCUUGAAUUGAGAAAAGAAAUACUAACUCUGCUGAAUCUUCAGAAACAGUUACAGCAUAAGGAGGCAGAAGGCUCAUCUUUUCGUGAUGGCUCCUACACUGAAGCACCAGACACUCCCAAGAGAGCGAACCGUGAUCAGGAUCAAGCAUUUGCUCCAGACUCAAUGAGUUUUGGAGGGGAAAGGGUUGGCAAAAGGGACCAUAAACGCAAGGGACCUGGAAGGUCAUCAGAGGCUCCAUCUUCACCAGCCCAGCAUAAAAGGCCUAGAAAAUUUAAGGCUUCAGAUCUAUAAUUUUACAGUAAUGAGCAGGAUUAUUGCCAUCAGGAUCAGGAGCUGCUAUGCUGGGGUUCAUUUGUUGCUAGUAUUUGGUGGUGGAGUCUGUUCCAGAGAUCUGAAGGGUGGUGUUGGAAGCAGAUCUGUGCUUCAGUUAGGGAGCUCCAGGGUCGGAACUAGUCAUUUGUGUUUUCAUCCUUAUGGGAGAGGGCUGGUAGGUUGUUUUAUGUAUGGUAAAUUCCAUGAUUGUGAAUUAUUGGAGGAGAAAAUCAGAUUUGAGGCUGAAACUCCAUUGAUGAACGCACCAAUGCAGACUCCUAUCCUGUUCAAGGAACUUUCAAGUGGUGCUUUACUCCUAUUAGCUGUUUCUUUGUAAACUGAUCAUUACUUGUGUAAAUAAUUAUUUCCUUCGUAAA